AUGUUUUUAAUGGCAAUAACGAAAAUCAAAUGUGAAAUACCAAAUUGUCUAUUUGUGAAUACGGUGAAUUUAACAAAUACAAACAACACCUAUGUGGAUAGUAAUGAUAUAGAGAUUAAAAUUCAACCACAUUUAAUGGACUACUAUGAUUUUAUAGUUUUAAAAAAUGGCAACAAAGUUAGUGUUCCGAAACAUAAACGCGGCUGCAUUUGCCCUAAUCCCUGUUUAAGUGUGUGUUCAAAAGAGAUCAUAAUUUUAUAUCACAAUAACACUGAAUUGGAACCAAGUUAUCAAAGGGAUGUAACUUUGGAAAACGGUGAAGAAAUCACUCAGGAUUUUGUAAAAUAUUUCAACCAUCGAUUUCUUAACAUCACUUGCAAUAUGUAUCCUUUAAAAAUGGAACUAGUAGAAUCUGACAAAUGGAGUAUUUUUGAGAAUGGCACUCUACUACAUAGCUAUACAAAUGACUAUAGAAAUCAUGAGGAAUACUGUUUUAGUUUGUAUAGAUUUCUUGAAAAUGAAAUUUACUCGGGACAUAUUAUUUCUCCUUACGUUUGUGCCAAGAAGCCUGUAAUUAAGAAAUUAGAUACGUUUAAAAAUUGUGCCAUGUUAUGUUCGGUUCCCUUUUUUAUAAUGACCAUAUUCGUUUAUUGUUUCCUGCCCGAAUUCCGAAAUUGUCAUGGCAAGUGUUUUGUUAUGUAUCUGCUAUAUCUGACGGUCACCUAUUCUUUAAUAUGUUAUAACAAUUUUUAUAGAGGAGAAUUUGAUUUAUUGCCGUGUAUAGCAAUAGGUUAUACUGUUUACUUUGGAACAAUUGGCUUUUUAACCUGGAUCAGUAUCAUCAGCUAUGAUACCUUUGUCAGUCUUACAGACUUAGAUUACACCACCCUAUUUCGUAAGUAUUUUAAAUGGGGCAUCAUUAUACCCAGUGUGGCGACAUUUGUAUUAUUUGUGAUACAAUCGCUGAAAAAAAUUAAUGAGGAAUAUAAGCCGGGCAUUGGACCCGAUAGUUGUCUAAUCAAAGCUACGCGUUGGUCUGCAACUUUUUACUAUUAUAUACCUCAUAUAAUUGUAUUAGUAUUUUGCUUGACUUUGUAUAUAAGACUGAUAAGAUUUUUAGUGCAGAACGAAAGAGAUGCCACCUCAUUUGCGGGCAGAUUGAAAGCAUCAUAUAUGAAAAGAUUCUCUCUCUACUUACGUUUAUUUAUUUUUAUGGGCGUUAUUUGGUUUUUGGAAGUACUUUCGUAUUUUAUUGACAUUUUUCAUGGUCAGAAUAAUAUUACUUUUAUACCGAGCAUGCUCAAUGCUCUGCAUGGAUUAUUUAUAUUUGUUAGCACUAUUUUCAAUACGCAUAUUCACCGCUAUUUCCGAGAAAGAUGUUUUCCUGCUCGUCCUUGUCGUCAAGAACAUCAACGUAAUUAG